AGUGAAGUGUUUUUCUAGAACGUUUUGAACCGUUGAUCAAGGUGAACGAUAUGAUUUAGGUAUGGUUGCACUCUAGCACUUACUUCUGUAGAACUCAGCGUGAAGGUCGCUGAACCUGAUCGGUAAAAUUUAUCACAAAAGAUUAAAGCCUUUUUGAUAAAAUGUUUGCCACGUUCCAACGUAUGUGCGGAAAUGCGAGCACCACUUAAUCCGUCGAGUAAUCCGUGCUAAGCCACUUCGGAUCGUGGCUGUAGCUAAUUUGAUUUUCCAACCAUUUCGAUCGAUAAGCCACAACCAACCCCGGUGGGAAUUGAAAUUCAACCACCACCCUUCGAUGAACACGGCGAGCACUUAUUUAGCAAAGCGAGGUGCUAAUAAGGGCUUACGACUUACAAAUCAGAUUGGUGCUCACUCACUAGAGACUGCAGCUGUUGUGCUGUGUUAGGGCGCGUAUGUUUGCUUGCAGGGAAAUACACGUGGACGGGGACAUUCCAUGCACAACAAAGUGAACAAUGAUGGGCUACUCAAGCCAGAAUCGGUAUGAUUAAUUGCGGUGAAAGAAAAUUUGAUGUGGUGUUGAUCUGUAUAUGUGUAAUGCACGUCAUGCUAAUAUACAGAUUGAAGCAGUAAAAUCAGAUUAUUGUCCAGGAAAACGCGAUCAUCUAUCAAACACGCAAUGAUUCUGAACAAAAUGUUUGCAUCCAGGUUAUUCUUCCUCAAACAGUAUACGGGCAGUACGCAACAGAACUUUUCCGGGAGAGUAUCGAAACAACCUAUUCAUCGCUUAGCAAAAUGUUGCUGAUCGCUAUUUUUAUCACAUUGUUGAUAGUUCUACUGUUCAUAAAAUUCAUAGAGCCCUUGAUACAGUUACGCAACGUACCAUCUGUACGACCGUGGUAUCCUCUUGUAGGAAAUGUGUUUCUUUUUCUCGGGAAAACCGGUGAACAGUUGUUCGUUAUGAUGAAUUCGGUCUUUGCGCGACAUGAUCGGCUGUUUUUGCUGUGGUUCGGAAUACGUCCAGUCGUUGGAGUUUGCCACCCGGAUUUGAUCCGUAAAGUGUUGACCAGUGGAACGUGCUUGGAAAAGCCGUUCUUCUAUCGGUUCUCUCGCACCGAUCAAGGAUUGUGGGCUGCCAAAACAUCACUUUGGCGCCAUCAACGGAAAGCUUUGAAUGCAACGUUUUCACCAGCGGUGUUGAAAAACUUCGUUCCAAUAUUUGAAGCCUUUUCGAAACAGCUAGUCCAAGAUCUAUCGCAACAUGAUGGCCGGCCAAUCGAUUUACUUCCAAUAACAUUGGCCUGUACACUGAGGAUGAUCGGCAACACCACAAUGGGCGUUGAUGCAAGCGAUGAAUCGGAUAUCGUUAAGUUCGUUUCCAACAUGGAUAAGAUUACAGAAAUAGUCUCGAAGCGAUUCCUUUCGGUUCGUCUGCAUUCGGAACAAAUAUAUCGGAUGACGCCAUCGUACAAAAGGGAAAUUGAAAUGCGACAGGAGUGCAGUGAUUAUACGAUGAAGAUUUUAGAUAAGAGGAAACAGAAGACCAACUCGGAGCAACCUGCACUGCACAAGGUGUUCAUUGAUCAGCUUCUGGAGGAAAGCGAAACUGGGCGACCCUUCUCGGAUACUGAAAUUGUCCAGAAUGUGUACACUAUGUUGACUGCAGGAAGUGAAACAACUGGACGAUCUGUUGCCUACGCUUGUCUCAUCCUGGCCGUAUUCCCGGACAUCCAGAAAAAGGUCUACACUGAAAUCAUUGGAAAGUGUUCGGAUUGCACUCAACCCCUUACAAUAGAUACAUUGGCCGAACUCACAUACUUGGACGCAUUCCUGAAAGAAUGUCAUCGACUGUACCCGGUGGCACCCUACAUUGCACGGGAAUCCACAGAUUCCCUGGAACUCGACGGCGUAACCUUUCCAAAAGGAUCGGUUUUCGUAUUCAACUUCUUUGUUCUUCAUCGAAACGAUGCCAUUUGGGGUCCUGAAAGCGAUCGCUUCCAUCCAGAACGGUUUCUGGAUGAACGAUACCCGGAGCGGAGCACGUUCGGAUAUCUGCCGUUCAGUGCUGGCCAGCGAAAUUGUAUCGGUCAACGGUACGCUACGAUAAGCCUCAAAGUGAUGCUUGUACAUUUGGUGAGAAGUUACAAAAUUGAAACGCCGCUGCGCUACGAGGAUCUACGAUUCAAGUUCGGGAUGAUGUUGGAACUUUCGAGCGAGUGUUUGGUUCUAUUCAAAAAACGAGAACCAUUGUGAUAGAAAUUGA